AUAUUGUUUUCAGGCUGUUAGUCUGUCCCAUUCACGAUAUCUCAGUAACCACUUGACGGAACUUCUUCAAAUUUGGCACAAACAUUCACUAGGACUCAUUGUUGAACUGAUUAGAUUUUGGUGGCUAAGGGUCAAAGUUCAAGUUCGUUGUAACCUCACAAACCUCUUUUUAGCCAUUACUCAAGUCUUCACAGCAAUAAUGACAAAAUGUCAGGCAAAUGGUUCAUAUUUUCUAUGACUCCGGAUAAACAGAGCUGUAAUAUGAAACCAGUCUGAGUGGUGGAGGGAUACAACAGUGAGGCGGCUAUUCUACACAGUCCAAAUCCAAGUGUCUGAGCAGAAAAGGUUUCAUCCCAGGUGAGUUGUAUUCAGGAAGAAAACUGCGAAACAAUAGUUAAUAAGCUUGUUAUAGAAGCAGCACCUUAUUCAGAUACAUCACAGUAUUAACUCCUCCUAAAUUACUCUUUAAACAUCUCUCCUGAUUACAAUGAAAAACAGCGGCUCUGCUCUAUAUUUCCUUUAGCAUGUAUUCAGAAACUGAGCCUUAAAACCAGCUGUCAGGACUUAGAACUUUGUGAUGUCACAACAAAGCAGUCACCACUCUCAGCCACGCCCCAAGCCCCGCCCACCUGGACCCACCAUCCAACCUUGCAGUAUUUGGUUUCAGUGAGUGUUUACCUGAAAUCUGCUUUAUUUUUAUUGGAUCAGUCAGAAAAUAGUCAACCAAUCAGAAGAGAGGCUCAGAGCCUCUUCUCUUCUGAUUGGCUCACUGACCUGUUGUUGCUAUAGCAUCUUAUCCUGGUUUACCCUAUAUGAAAUGUGUGUGAAACAGUUCGUCAAGUGUCAAUCAAACCAAAUCACCAUGAGGUGUGGGAGCGAAUAGGAACUCUGUCCUCUGUCUUUUCACUUGUCUUCCACCAGGUGGAGACAGGUAGCCACGCCUCUCUCCUCUGACCCUGGUAUUAGAUGUAUGGUGGCUGUAGCUCUGUACUAAAUGUACUUUCAGUUUACGCCACUGAGUUUGGUUCAAAACAUUUCAGACUCGCCUGGGGAACGGAGACACCCCGUUCACCAUGUUGCUGGCUUUUGUGGACCCGUGACUGCUUUUAUUUUGAAAAACAGGGUGUAUAGCGAGGCGGAGGUGUGAGCUGCUGCUCACUUGAGUGUGCUGGUCCAUGGAAGCGGCUGCAGACGGAGCACAGCGCGGAACAGGGCUGGGCUGUGCUGGGCUGAGGAGUCCUCUCCCGCCGGACAUGCUGGGUUAGCGGGCUUAACCGGGUCAACAUCUGGGCUGUGCACGGUCCGGAAGACUGGUCAUCCCGCACGAUCAGGAUGUUGUGCGUCGGCAAACUAUGAACAAGCUGCAACAGGAUCCAAGAAAUACAGUCCUCUGACAGGGUGUGACCAGGAGCAGUAGCUCUGGACUGACCUGUGCCAUGAAGACCCAGAAGGCCCGAGAUGUUAAACCAGCGUCACCUUCCUGCCGACGGAAGUCUCGCUUCACCUUACGAGGCAGGAAGAAGAAGGACGGGGUGAUCCGAGGCAAGCUUCGCAUCCGCUCGCUGCCUGGAGCCUUCCUGGUGCUGGGGGUGAUUGUAGUGGUGGUGGGCACCGCUCUGGCCGUGGCGGGUUACUGGCCGUACCGGAUAUCCAGGCCGUCCAUCCUGGGAGCUGCAGAGAGAGAAAGUAUCUCUGAGUCACAGAGUUCUGGUUGGAGUCUGGGAGCUAAGGACCUCUUUUCCACAGCCAGCCUCAUCCACAGUGAACGAAUGAAGCUGCUGGGGCCUGUCAUCAUGGGGGUGGGACUCUUCAUCCUCAUAUGUGCCAACACAGUCCUGUAUGAGAACAGGGACAGAGAGACUCAGAUGCUGCUGGCUCAGAUGCGCAGCGUUAUCUGCUCCGUGUCUGCGGCCGUGCCCUCGGCGGACCUUAAGGAAAUAGCGGCCGCCAACUCGAUGGCCAAACACUACCAGUGGGUGAGCAGUUUACCAGCUGCCCAUCUCAACAUCCUCUGUCUGCAGCAGCUGGCCAGCUCUGAGCCGCUCCUCCAGACCAGACAUCCCAGAGACCACGAGGACAGUGUGGAGGGCAUCUACCAACAGGCCGUGCUCCAGACAGAAGCCAUCCACCACCAGGAAUCAGAGCCGCCGCCGCCCUCCCUCCACUCCUCCCACUCCGACUCAUGCAAUUCCAGUCAGACAGACUUUAACACGCAGUCCGGGGCUGAGCACAGGGGCGGCGUCAGCUUCGAUCUGCACGCCACCCAGCUCGUCAAGCUCAACAACUGCCUGGUGUCUGCCAGCUCCAUGUCCACCCUGGGGGUGGACGAGGUGGAUAUCCCGGCCGCUCAGCCGAGGCGCUGCUACAGUAUGAGCUACAGGACUAAGCCUUAUGUAGCCGGAACUGGUGCGUGCCCGGAGGAAGGCCUCCACACGCCCGCAGAGGAGGGUCAGAGAAAUCGGGAGAGGAGAGAGGCGGGCUCACAGGUUUGUGUCAACAUCCGGGGGCAGGCGGCGGAUGCUGCGGAGGAGCAGACUCACCGGAGCUGGCCUCGGCUGGACUUGGGCUGUGGCAGACGCUACCUGAAACUAGAGAACAAAGAGGACUCUGUGGACAAACUGCUGGACCAGUUAGAGCAGCAGUGCUCCCAGUGGGAUAAGAGCUUUGGCUCUGGGCCUUUCCAGUGAUGGUGGGUUUAGUUUCACAGAAAUUAUAUUUUCCCCUGGAUUUAAAAACUGCACUAUAUUUUUGUUUUAAAUUGUGUGUGAGGCCGACAGAAACUGAGCCCUACGUCGUUUGGAGUACAGUUUUUCUCACAAGGAUCUUCCAAUACUUCAGCCUGUUCUCUGUCUUCAGUGGAAUACUGAUGCACGGAGCUUACAGUCUUUGCUUGGCUGGAUGCAGAAGAUGUUCGUAUCGUCGAAGUGGAGGAACAAUAUGCCGAUCCCACACUGUCAGAGACGGGAAAAGCAGUUUGACAGGCUGUUCUCUUCGGUUUGGGUUGGCAGCAAUGCGAGAAAUGAACUUGUUUCUCAGUGCCAAAAUGCAUUUGCCUGUUUCCAGCGGCGAGCACAACCCAGAGAAGAAGAGACAGAGGGGAGGAGGGAGGAUUGUUUUCACUGUGCAAUCACUUUUGAACCAAACUACCUGGAGCCCUGAGCCCAUGAAGUGCUGACAGCUCUACAAAAAUGGGACUUUUUCCUCAGCUGAUGUCCCAUAUUCCAAAUGCAAUGCAUGACAGUGAUGUACAGUAUGUUACAUCUUAAUACUUAUGCAGAGUUAUGUCAUUGUUGGUUUUAUGUGUAUAAGACGUAAUGAUAGUUAAAGGGUUAUUCUGGUUUAUUACAAUCUGGGUCCUAUUUUCUCACAUAUGGCCGUUACUCCUGCAGCAUCCACGGGGACAACGUCGCACUCACUAACUCCACUGCUGAGGCCUGGGAACAUGACGAGGGGCCAGAUGCAUAAAUGAUGCGUACACACAAAAACCAUUCGUACGCAACUCCCCGCACGUAAAUUGGUCUUUGUAAACACAGACUGUGUCACCUCACUCAUUCCUUUGACCAGUGAAAAUACAAAAUUAGCCGAGACACGUAAUUUAACAUAAAAUAAAAUAAACAACUUCUCGGCUUCAUUCAUUAUCAUCAUUAUAAGUUUUACUGUUCACACAGCAAUAACAAUUUUACAAUCAUAAAAAGAAAUAAUGUGGUUUUUUUCAGCAUCGUUUCAUAUCCUGAUUAUUUAUUGUGAGUCAUUCUGUAAUUGUCUGAUACUAUUUGAAUAUUUACUGAUCACAGUGUUGGAGCCUGGAGCCUCAUUAAGUAAAUUGAUACCUCCUAUCUGUAAGGCCAGGAACACACUGACACCUCGCAGCUGGCGUCUCACCUAUUCAAUCAAUUAAUCAAUAUGAAUCAGUAUUUUUAUAUGUUAACAUCCAGCAGCUCAGUGGUGCAGCGGUCAGCACCUUCCCCUCACAGCAAGAAGGCUCUGGGUGCACGUUGUUGUCUGGGUGCUCUGUUUUCCUGCCUCACUGGCAACUCUAAAUGAAUGGGAGUGUGAGUGUUUGUGUGUCUUUAUGUGCCAGCCCAGUGAUUGUCUGGCAAAUGUCAGUUGGCACUGGCUGCAGCCAAAAGAAUCUACUGAUGCAGCUUUAAGUUAAACAAGCUUAAGAACCCGAGCAUCCGAUGACUGUACUUAAUGCCAGGAACACAGUGGUGUGUGGUGUGUGUGUGUGUGUGUGUGUGUGUGUGGCGGCUGCAGCACGUCUCGGCUUCCAUUUCGGUGCAGGUUACAGUGACACACUGCCUGUGUGAUCUAGAGAUUCAGCAUCUCACCUGUUUUUCAGUCUCCCAGCAGAAAGAAAGAAGAAAAUACCUGUGUGUGAUGUCAUAGUGACAUCACAGCAGCAACAUCACAUAAAACUGACUCCUUCCACCAUAGUUUCUAUGUCUAGGCUGAAUCUGAAUGUGACACGGACAUGAAAAAAUAUAAUUAUAUUUUUAACCAUUUCAGCAGCUGCAUGUGGAGACUGAGACGUUUUAGUUUUCUGUCAAAAAUAAAUUAGAAAUGAACUUAUAAUGAAAAAAAAUCCAACGCUCCAGUAACCUGUAAACUCUCUGUAGAAAGCCAGAGCUGCAGCAGCAGAGACGCAGCACUUCUUUCUCGUCUUUCUUCUCUGUGUCUGAUCACUUGUGGCACAGACAGUGUUUUUAUAUGCGAACUGAUUGAUUAAAGGAGGGUCUUCAUCCAUUUAUUGCCCAAUUUCUCAAUGAGUGAGAUUUAUAAAGUGGAGCCACGAGAACACAUGGCUAACUCUGAUGAGAAGAAUGUGUAUGUAUAUUUCUGGUUUUGUGCUUACACAUAGUUUUAAUCAUGAAUCUACACAGAGUUUUAUGCAUCUGGCCCCUGAUUUUUGGAGUGGACUCUGGGUAAUAAUUAUACGGUUUGCCUUAUGGACAGCUUAUCAUGAUCAUGGGUCCUGGGCAUUAUUUUCACAAAGGGCCCUUAUCCAAACACACACACACACACACACACUCACACACGUACCAUGAGCACCCCAACACAGCACAUAGCCAGUCACCUUCACACACACAGUCAUGCAGUUAUGUUUAUUACAUUAACCACGUUUUAGCUCUGUGCGCUGCUCUGCCUACACCAGCAUAUUUUACUCAUCUUUAAGGGUCAAAACAGAAACCAGAUGUGAGUAAAUAAACCAUCCUCCUACUGAAGGAACAGAGAAAUGAGAAUCAUAUGCAGCUCAGAGCCGCAGCCGGGAUCAAACAGCUAAACACGGCACAGCAUGCCAGAUGCAAAUCUUCUCCCAAGACCACCACUCUGCCCUCCUGGACAAUAUCUGAGUCAGCAACCAUAAACCAUAGCAUGUUCAGGUCUGUGUCAUCCAUGUAAUGAACUUAGUUCAGUGCUUAAUGUUCCUCUUAGACAUGUUUUAAACUCUGUUAAAGUAUUUUGUUUAGCUUGAUUUUCUCACAUAAAAAGUGAAAAACAAGCUCAUCUCCUCCUAUUUCCUGAUUGAGAAACCUGGAUCAGGCCUUGAGCCCCGCCCACCACCUGCUGGCUCCAGGUGGACAGGUGAAACAUCAGAGAGACUCAGCCACAUGUUUGAGCCUCAGUCAGACCCAGACUCAGAGGAGGAGUCUGAGACCAGAACCAGAGACUAGCAGACGGAUCAGAGCGGUUAGCGCAGUUAGCAUCUUGUAUUUGUUUAUGUAGUUUGUUAGCUUGUAACUGGCAGUGGCUGACACAGUGUUAGUGGCUGUUGCUAAUGCAUCAGGUUUCAGGUUUAUUUAGCCCCGCCCCCCCACUCCCACAACUUGACAGGAUUGGUUCCUUAGGUUUGUGACGUAUGAAACCCUGGCUGUCUGAAUCUGUGUUUAUGAGACUGUCAUUGGCUCACUGCAGUUUAUCCAUGAAUGCUUCCACAUAAGUUCGGUGGUAACACUGUACUUCAAGUCCCCCUGUUCAGUAUAUUGACAUUUUAUAAAUGGUUUACAACACACUGCAAUGUAGUGAGCGGAUAUAAAGUGUCAACAACUACAACUCCUUGUGUGUAUGAUAAAAUUUGUCUUCAUAGAAGUUACAAUUGCUGACAAAUACUGUAUACAAGUAGUAGAAGCACUUAAAAUGUCAUUAUUGCUGUCUAUACCUACAUUAUUAUAAACUAUUUAUUAAAUGUUUAUAUAUGGCUUUUAAAUGCUUAACAGGGGAACUUCAAGUUACAAUAUGUAACUUUUCCACAUGAAAAUGUAUUUUUUGUUGAGUUAUGUUCUUAAAUUUUCCCAAAUGUUUCCAUUAAUUCUCAAACCAGAGAAAUCUGUGAUUUUAAUCGUGGUAACGUUUCAUUGGUGACAUGACAUCAUAUCCUCUGUGAUCAUGUGUCAGUGUGUUUGUCUGACAGAAGCUCAACAUUGACUUUUAUCUAGUUUUAAAGCCACAUACACUUUUUACACCUUGGUGGUUUUCAGCUCUAUAUUUGAACCAGAUGAAGGAUCUGAAGUUAUCAGAGAAACAAGCUGACAUAAGUUGCAUACUGUGUGUUUAAAGUGUUACCACCAAACAGUGUCACUAAACUGACCCUCUGCUCAUGUUUCAUGACUCUGUAUAGAGACGUCAUUGUUCCCAGACCUCAGCUACUAGUGAACUUGGUGUUAUUGUCACCAAUUAGAAAGACAAAAAUAAGAAAAGCUGCAUUAUCUUUAAUAACGAAUGAGAAUUUCUCUUUGUCGUCCUGCUCCUGGUCGUCUCAGAUAUCAGCUCGUAAUGAAAGCAGGGGCACAGCCUCCUGCCCGUCCCCUGUUGAUCUUCUCCUUUCAGAAUGCACCCACUAUUUAUGAGGAGGCCCUGCCCACUCACAUCCACAUCCACCCCCGCCCUCCGCCCUCCGCCCUCCGCCCUCCCCAACCUUUGAUCAAAUGGACAGAAUUGAUUGCGCAGACCAGGCGGGUCCGCAGCUCUGGUUAGAUUUAGUGAGAUGAUCAGUGUUACUGCAUACAGCUGGGUGUGUGUCAUAGAGGAGAGGGAAUAUAAAUCAGAGUAUCACCCCCCCCCACUCCCCCACCCCCCACCUCCUUCCCUCCCUUUACACCCAGUGCAGAGGUGACCCCUCCUCGUUUGAAUCGACAGUCUCUCUGGUUUUCUUUCUGUCUGUGCUGCCUGUUCUGUAUGCCAUGUGACCCUUUGUGUUCUGUAUGUAUACCAAGCAAUAUGAGCGGUCCGACAGAACAAUCGGCGGCUGUGUCGACCACAUGAUUAAACAACAUUGCCAUGCCUUUGUUGCAAAUAUAAAGCAAAACA